GAGCUUUUUGGUAUUGUCUAUCUAUCUAGGCCUACGUAAUUCAGCUAAUUGGGUCAGUGGCAGCCUUCAUAGGACCUAUUUCAUUGUGGCAGUAACCAGUUGUUUUUGCCGUCUCUACGGACUAGACAAACCAGUGUGGACCUGCCCCUUUAAGAGAAGAGGAGUUCCAGCGAUUUGAAUGCUGCAGAUUCAGAAUCCACAGUAGCCUACCUGCCAGUAAAAUAGAGCAUUCAAGAGCAGGAGCAGGCAACUAACUGCACUUGCAUCACAACCACACGGUCGUGGACGGAGGAAUGGGGGGGUAUCCAGCUAGUUAGAUUUCCGAGAAUAAGGAAAAGCUCACUACAAUCAACCAAUUAAGAUGGUGUCGUGGAUUAUCUCCAGGAUGGUAGUCCUGGCCUUCGGGACCCUCUACCCGGCCUACUCCUCAUACAAGGCUGUCAAGACGAAGAAUGUGAAGGAAUAUGUGAAAUGGAUGAUGUACUGGAUAGUGUUUGCGUUAUUCACCACAGUGGAGACCCUCACCGACUUGUUCAUGUCCUGGUUUCCUUUCUACUUUGAGUUGAAGAUAGCCUUUGUGAUCUGGCUCCUGUCUCCGUACACUAAGGGCUCCAGCGUGCUCUACCGCAAGUUCGUCCACCCCACCUUGUCCAACAAGGAGAAGGAAAUAGACGAGUACAUCACCCAGGCCAAAGACCGUAGUUAUGAGACUAUGAUGAGGUUUGGAAAGAGGGGGCUGAACUUGGCUGCUACGGCCGCCGUCACUGCAGCUAGCAAGGGCCAGGGCGUGUUGUCGGAGAAGCUGCGUAGUUUCAGCAUGCAGGACCUGACUCUGAUCAACGAUGGGGAGGAGCUGGGCCUGCGUUCCUCUGACCCGCGCAUGAGGAGAGACGCCAUGGACGACAUGGUUACUGGAAGUAGCACGCUAUCUAACACACUGCCCCGCGCCAAAGCCACACGCCAGACUCGUUCCUCCAUGGUUCCUCAUCUUGACGAAUCAUCGCAGCACAGCUCGGACCAAUCAGACACCAGGAGCAUCACCACGGAGCAUUCUGACGAGGACGUCGUGGAGAAGGCCCCCGUGAAACGCACGGCCAGCGUCAGGGCAACCAAAAAACCUGCCGCUGCCAAGACCGAGACUACUACUACUACUAAGACGGUGAAAAAGAUGCCAAAAAAGAAGACUACCACUACAGCUAUAGCCAGCAACAACGGCGAGUCACAAUGAGACCUGUAUCUGCUGUCCCGAUCUACACCCUACUGUACGCUACUACUACACACACACACACACACACACACACACACACACACACACACACACACACACACACAGCCAAGGACCUCUGGACAGUCACUCUUGCCUGUUAAGCGCCACUCACAGGUUUAGUUCUACUAUAUAUGCCCAGCUUCAUUUCAACUCACAGGUUUAGUUCUACUAUAUAUGCCCAGCUUCAUUUCAACUCACAGGUUUAGUUCUAAUAUAUAUAUGGUCAGCUUCAUGUCAACAGCACUUUUUAUUUAACCUGCUGCUUACAUUUUAGGCUGUAUAGUCAUUGACAUCAGUGUAUGUAAGUGCAUGUUUUGUUUGAGGUAAUGGCAGUGAUGGCCUGUUAACUGAACUGAAAAUGUGUUGCUUCCUUCCUCCUGUACUGUUUACAGCCUUCUCUGUGUUGUCUAUCCAAAGCCUCACACGGGAUUGACUUGACUUAAUCCUCUUGGGGCCUUUGGGAGCAUAGGGCAUCCACCCUGGCUCUUCCACUCACCCACUGUGCGAGGGCUUUUGCGUCUUGCCAGGAGAUUUCUGCUGGAUUAUUGGAGACAUUUUUUCUCAGGAUCAGCUUAACCUGCCUGAGUCCUUAUGUUAUCCAGAGUGAAGGGAAAUGCUAAACUGGUCUUAGAUCAGUGUUUUAAGGGSAGCAUUCCAAUUAGUAUGUUAUCUACUCUCUAUUGGAAGGUAGUUUGAGGCUGCCAUGUAGGGGAAGGUACUAUAGCGGACUAGGCAUGUCUGGAAGAGAAAGCARGGAGGCCAGGGAAGAGAGGAGAGCGGGAGGAGUGCUAAAGAGUUGUGGACCGGACAGACUAGCUCUGCUCAACAUGUCCCUACUACAGAGAUCAGUCUCACCGCUGUCUGUAGAAGUCUAUAGGGCCAGGCCCCUAUCCCCUUUGGGAAGUCUGUCUGUACAUGGAGGCGGUGUUGUCGUCUCUGGAAAACGGAGGACGUUCUGGGAGCACUUAGGUCUCUAACUGUGUUAAGCCCAUGCCAAGGUUUCUCAUAUCAUUCACUCUGCUGUUGUGGAGCAGUAGUGCCCAUCGACUGAUAAACACUCGGUCACGCGCUGGCAGAGCGAUGAACAGAUCGGUGUGUGUGUACCCCCCUCUCCGUUCCUCUCCCUCUGAACAACUCCACCCAUCCUCACUCUGUGCAGAACAGAAAGUCCAGCAGAAAGACCCACAGAUUCAGGCUUCGUUACCUUUUUUGUGUGUGUUGUGUCUCUGCAUUGGUGUGUGUGUGUGUAUUUUUGGAACGUGACCACACUUCUGUUUUCCCCCUCUUUGUUGACCCAACUGCAUAGAGCCAGAAUGACAUUUAGCAUUCACUUAUCACAUAAACAUAUAUUUGAUUUCAUUUAACUCAGUACAACCACGUGUUGAUAAUGCGUUUAAAAUCAUUGAGGAUGACAGUUAAUGGUCCUAUUAAAUGACUCAAAUGUACAGACAGGACAUAGUAGGCCUAUGCUACACAGUAGACCUAGCCUACUAGGCAUACUUGGGUUAAAGAUAAAAUGUAUUCUUCUUUUUUUAUUACUUGUAUAGCGCUUUUCAAAGCGCAUAAAAAGUGAAACAUUGAAAUGAUGGAGAUUGAAAAUCUGCUGUUUUUGGGGUGAAGUUGAGGCAAUUUGAGCUGGAAAGUCAUUGUAGGUUUAGAGGAGAGGGCAUCGACGGGACAGCCAAGGGGAAACAAAGAGAGUCUGAAAAAACGGGCUCAGAGCUCUACAACAGCGUACCACCUGCUUUUCUGAAUGGUCAGUCACUCUAUUGGAGUCAGGAAUUUAGCGCCCACCUGGGUGAGGCCAUGGCUGCUGAAAAGCAACUACAUCUUGACAGUGGUUAGGAGCGUUCCCUGAACAGUCCCUGAAUUUCCUCUGCUACCUCUGGCUACAGAAUGCAGUUCUUGCUGUAAUACUUCCAAACGGAUUAAACAAAAAGACGGAUUAUUUUGAAUCCAGACAAAUCGCUAGCAAUUAAGCCAAAAGAUAGACUUUUCAUCACAAUCCUGCAACUCAGAGUCAAGACCACAUGAUAUAGAGCAGUCAAAACCCACAAAAUAAAUACAAAUAUUUAGAGCUCUUUGCCUCGGCUACGUUAUGAUGCCAUGGCAACCACAGAACCAAUAAGCAUAAUCAUCAUAAUAUUAUAACCAUCAAUAACAUCAAUGUCUUACACUGCAGCGCUUAGCCUAGCUAUACUGUACUCUCCUGUGUCUGAUAACCAAACAUUUUAAUUGAAUUGUGUUAGACUUGUGCUUUAGGGUUAUUUUUGUUUACUCUAAAUUGUCGRACACACGGGACGUGGUGGUGUUCUACCCUAUUAGGAAGACCUUCAGGCUGUCUGGCUCUUACCUGGGUGAGCACCCCAGUCUGACUAGUGAAAUGUCUGAGGGAUCAACUACUAUCAUAGUCCUAAAUUGUCACACUAGGUGUUGUCAACUAUUGUAGACUAUAUGACUUAUGUCACACACUACGUAUAUUCCCGACCUAGGUUAGUUAUCCAUGACUGAUAUAUCUACUUCAGGGCCCGUAUCCACAAAGCGUCUCCGAGUAGGAGUGCUGAUCUAGGAUCGGGCCCCUACCUGUCCGUAUAAUCUUAUCAAGGAAUCAAAUCUGAAGGGCCUAGAUCAGCACUCCCACACUGAGACGCUGACGCUUUAAGGACACGGGGGCCCAGAUGUCUGUUAAUCUAGGGUCUCGAUCAUAUAUCAUUGUUUCUCUGAACCAUAAGGAGAGCAGCUAAACUAGCAUAUCCUCGUCACCUGUCCUCUGACAGUAGCCACCUCAAACAUGGUGGAAACUGGCUUACCCUGUUAGAUAGAUGGAAGGAUACUGUGGAUAAAUGAUCUUCCAAUUGUGUCUAAAGCUGUUAAAACGAUGUGCCCUGCUAGUGUUUUACUUAAAAGAGAUAUAUAUAUAUAUACACACAUAGCAUACAAGGUGGGUUUUUGGACAAGUGUUCUUUAGGGCAUCUAAUCAAUGCCUUUUAAACUAUUGCCUUGUCUGAAAUCUGUCCCUACCCUCAGACACCUCUUGUCAAUCUCCCCUAGAUACUGGGAUAGAGUGUAAAGGAUUGCAUGGGAUUAGCUAAAAAAAAAUGUGCUAAGAGCGCCACCUAGCUUCCUUGUAGGUUAGGUUGAGUUUCCACCAUGUUGUGCUUUUGUCUUACACCUAYCUGAUCCUCUCAUAAUCUAGGAGUGUGUUGGGUUAAUUGGAACAUAAAGGAGUUGAUUUUUGGACUGGGUGUGCUUUAAGGGGUCCUUUUUGCUUUGGGCAGGUUUUAUUUGGAGUUCCCUUUUAAUGAGUCUAAAUUGAAAGCAUGAGACUACUGCACUUGUGUGUUGCUGCUGUCUGCAGUGUGACACUGAUUUGAACCAGUAGUGGGAGACGUACUCCAACUGUUUUAGAGAUACUGUUUGAAGUUACCUACAUGUACACACUAUGUAAAAGUAAUUUUCUGAUUGUAUAAAAUAGCUUGCUUGCCUUACUCUUCAUGAAUACAUAGGUUUUUCUUCUUUUGUUGCUUUUUAAGACUUGAUUUGUAUUCUUUUGGGGUUUUAAAAUUAAAUCAUAUUGGAUUUCCUUAAGAGGAGGCACCUCAACCUCUCUGUAAAGCCUUAUGCUGUGAAGAGUGCUACUUGUGUUUUUUUUUUAAAUCUCUUAUCAAUUUUUCUGUCUCAAGAAGAGGCAUUUUAAUUAAUCAGUGAACGACCAAUAACAGUGUCAUAGUCCUGUAGGAAUUUGCUCAGAGAAUGGGAAUUUCUCAGUCUGGUAUUCUGAAAAUGUUGUGUUUUGGUAACGUCCAAACUGAAGUCAUGUAGCCCCAAGCUUUCUUUUACAGUGUCUGCUCCCCCCUUUCUGUCAGGCUGGCUGCAUAUUCCACGAAGGCAAUUCGAUUGUGUACUUUUUUUCCUAUUCUGUUUUAAUUUGCUACAGUUUGCACUGAAGAAAAGAUGGCACACCCUAUUGAACGCUUUCUAGUUGUCAUGACAACAUUACUUGACAUUUUAAUGUUCAUUUCAUUUUUUUGAUAUUUAUUUUUGGAAUCCGUAAUCAAUAAUCAGUAUUAUUGUGUACAGGAAGUCUCAUUGUGAGAAUAUUCUGGAUAUUAAUAUUGUUUGUGCCAACUAUCAAUACUAUCAAUACUGUAAUUAAGGAUGACAGUCAUGUACCAAUAACUGCUACUAAUAAAGAAAACAUAUUAUACUCCUUA